AUGAAACAAGUGACACCAUGGAGCAAGCAACUACACGAAGCAAGGAACAUCAGGAAGCAAUUAACUACACGAAGCAAAUACAUCAUGAAGCAAGAAACAAUCAUGAAGCAAGCAACUACACGAAGCAAGAGACAUCAUGAAGCAAGAAACACCAUAAAGCAAUCAACUACACGAAGCAAGGACAUCAUGAAGCAAGGAAGCAAGGUUAGCAUCAUAGCGCGUAGGAGGCUUCCUACUCCGCCGCUCCUAUCCGCACGGCUCCACUGCCCCCUCUCCGCCACGGCUCCCUACUCCGCCACGGCUCCUACUCCGCCACGCUCCUACUCUGCCGGCUCCCUACUCUGCCGCUCCUACUCACGGCUCUCUGCCACAGCUCCUUACUCUGCCACAGCCGUUACUCUGCCACAGCCCCUACUCUGCCACGCUCCUACUCCGCCACGGCUCCCUACUCCGCCGCUCCCUACUCUGCCGCUCCCUACUCUGCCACGGCUCCUACUCUGCCACAGCUCCUUACUCUGCCCUUACUCUGCCACAGCCCUUAUUCAGCUCAUCUGCCACAGCCCCUACUGCCCACGCCCCUACUCUGCCCUCCCCUGCCCUCCCCUCUGCCGGCACAGCCCCUACUCUGCCACAGCCCCUACUCUGCCGCUCCCUACUCUGCCACAGCCCCUACUCUGCCACGGCUCCUACUCUGCCACAGCUCCCUACUCUGCCACUACUCUGCCCGGCUCCUACUCUGCCACAGCUCCCUACUCUGCCACAGCCCCCUACUCUGCCACAGCUCCCUACUCUGCCACAGCCCCCUACUCUGCCCACAGCCCUACUCACCCCGCUCCCUACUCUGCCACAGCCCCUACUCUGCCACAGCCCCUCCUGCCCCCUCUCACGGUUCCCUACUCUGCCACAGCCCCUACUCUGCCACAGCUCCUUACUCUGCCACAGCCCCUCCUCUACGGUUCCUACUCUGCCACAGCCCCUACUCUGCCACAUCCCUACUCUGCCACAGCUCCUUACUCUGCCACAGCCCCUACUCUGCCAAGCCCCCUACUCUGCCGCUUGCACAGCUCCCUACUCUGCCACAGCUACUCUGCCACAGCUCCCACUCUGCCACAGCUCCUCUGCCACAGCUCCUUACUCUGCCACAGCCCCUACUCUGCCACUCCUUACUCUGCCAGCCCCUCUCUGCCACAGCUCCUUACUCUGCCACAGCCCCUACUCUGUCCCUCCUCUGCCACGGUUCCCUACUCUACAGCCCCUACUCUGCCACAGCUCCCUACUCUGCCACAGCUCCUUCUCUGCCACAGCCCCUUACUCUGCCACGCCCCUACUCUGCCACAGCCCCCUCUGCCACAGCUCCCUACUCUGCCCGCCCCCUACUCUGCCACAGCCCCUACUCUGCCACAGCUCCUUGCUCUGCCUGGCCCUUGCUCUGCAGCCCCUACUCUGCCACAGCCCCUACUCUGCAGCCCCUACUCUGCCACAGCCCCCACUCUGCAGCCUCUGACGCCCCCUUCCCCCUCUCAGCCCCUCUGCCCCCCUCGCCGCCCCCGGCCGCCCCUGCCCACAGCUCCCAGCUCCCAACAUCUACAGCCUAUCACAGCCCCUUCAGUACAGCCUCUCACCCUUGCCCCCAUUCCACAGCCCCCACUCUGCCACAGCCCCAACUCUGCAGCCCCACUCUGCCACAGCCCCCUCUGCCACAGCUCCCUCUCUGCCACAGCCUCUGCCCCAGCCCCACCUCUGCCACAGCUCCACAGCCCCUACUCUGCCACAGCCCCCUACUCUGCCACGGCUCCCUACUCUGCCCCUGCCACAGCUCCUUACUCUGCCACAGCCCCUUACUCUGCCACAGCUCCUUACUCUGCCGGCCUCUCUGCCACAGCCUCCUCUGCCACGUUCCUAUACAGCCCAUCUGCCAGGCCCCUCUCUACAGCCCCUCUCUGCCACAGCUCCUUACUCUGCCACAGCCCUUACUCUGCCACAGCCCCCUUGCCACAGCCCCCAACUCUGCACAGCUCCUUACUCUGCCACAGCCCCUACUCUGCCACAGCCCCCAACUCUGCCACAGCUCUCUCUGCAGCCCCUACUCUGCCACAGCCCCCUCCUCUGCCACGGUUCCCUCCCCUCUGCCAUCACCCACCUACACUACACUUACUGAUGUGA